AUGGCGGCGCCGGCCGACGGUAGCACAACCACCACCACUGUUGGUCAGGAUGAAGCAGUAGUGAAGACCACGAUGCCCCUACCCCGUGCUAUUCAGUUGGUAAUGGCGAUGUCGUCUCGUUGGAAGUAUUCUACAACUACAACUGCAUCGAUGACGAUCGGGGAAUUCGGGGAACACGGGGUGGGCCGUGUUUUCCUGUGGAUGAAGCUUGUCUUCGUGCCGUCCGUGCUCAUCGUCCUUGCGGCAGUUAGCACCUACACCAUACUAAGUGACGACGACGACGGCGGCGAGCUCAUCUCGGGCCCCGGCGGCUUCGGUUUCCUGGCGGUUCCCAUCCUACUAUGCGUCUACCAGGCGGUGGUGCAUGCGGCGGGGGGGCACCUGGGCCUCUCCGCGCCGCAGACGCCCUACGCCGUGUGGGAAAUUCUCCACAAGGUCGGCUACGAGGAGAUGGGCCUCGCCGUCAUGUUGAUCUCCUUGGGAGUUUGGGUGCUUAACGAGAGGCUUAACCAGGCGUGGCCGCUGCUCGUCGCCUGGACUUACCUUCUCGGACUACUCGUUGCUUCCACCGUUGCCUUCUGGCUCUGCCUCCUUCGGACCUAUGGCGGCGACGGCGGCGGCGAAGGACGGCGAGAGAACAGCGGCUGCGGUGAGGCGGUUAUUGACGGUUUAGCAUAUCCCUUUAGCCGACUAUUGUAUGAGUUUGUUGUUAGGUUCCAUGCAGUUGCAGAUGCAGGCGUCAUGCAGCAGCUCGAUGCUGAUGCAGCAGUAGUCUAG